UCAUUAUAGAGGCUACAGACAGGCGGUUGGGCAAUGGAGAGGGCCUGAUUUCACCCCGUGUACAAGAACUGGGGCAAUUUAAUUUUCUCAGUCACAAACGGUCUCAUUCUCAAUUUAAGUCGUUGCUCAUCAAAUCAGGAUGGACAGCUUGGAGAAGCAGCUUAUUUGUCCCAUUUGUCUGGAAAUGUUCACGAAACCGGUUGUGAUUCUUCCUUGUCAACACAAUCUUUGCCGGAAAUGUGCCAAUGACAUUUUCCAGUCCUCAAAUCCAUACCUUCCCACCAGAGGAGGCACAGUGACGUCAGGUGGCCGUUUCAGGUGUCCAUCCUGCAGGCAUGAAGUUGUGCUGAACCGCCAUGGGGUCUACGGUCUGCAGAGAAACCUUCUGGUGGAAAACAUCAUUGACAUGUACAAGCAGGAGUACAUCAGCAGCAGACCUUCUCCUGAACAGAAGGUUGACCAACCGAUGUGUGAAGUCCAUGAGGAUGAGAAAAUCAACAUUUACUGCUUGAGCUGCUGCGUACCCACUUGUUCUAUGUGUAAAGUGUUUGGCGCCCAUAAGGACUGUGAAGUGGCCCCUCUUAACAGUAUUUACCAGACGCAAAAGACAGAGCUCUCGGAUAGAAUAGCAAUGAUGGUGGGCAAUAAUGACAGAAUCCAAGGCAUCAUCAGUCAGUUGGAGGAGACCUGCAGAAGCAUAGAGGAAAAUGGCAGGCGACAAAAAUCCAAGGUGUGUGAAAAGUUUGACCAUUUGUACGCCAUCCUGGAGGACAGGAAGAGAGAGAUGAAUGUGAAAGUGAACGCUGAACAGGAAGAGAAACUCAAUUACAUACGUCGGCUCACAAGGAAGUAUGGAGAUCAUCUGGAGUCUAUGGCCAAAAUCAUGGAGACAGGAAUCCAGACACUGGAAGAACCUGAGAUGGCUGUUUUCUUACAGAAUACCAAACCCCUCUUGCAAAAAAUUGCAGAGGCAUCGAAUACCUCGCACCUGGAGAGAGUGGAGCGUGGCUAUGAGAACAUGGAUCAUUACUCUGUGAGCUUCAAAAGAGAGGGCAGGGCUCUACGUAAUAUCGACUUCGCCAGAGAUGAUGAUGAUGAUGAAGAGGAGGAGGACGAGGAGGAGGUGGCUGUCGAUGCAGACAGCCGGGCAGGGCAAACAGCCUCGGGAGAAGUGGACUCACUGAACGAAGAAGCCCUUCCGCCCCUUCUUCCCCCACAGCCCCUGAGCACAUGCAGACCCGGCACAUCAUCCUAGCUUCACAAAGUGCAAAUGUCAACACAAAGUGAUCCAGCGUUCAUUUUUUGCAAGCUGUUCAAAACAAUAUGGACACCUACAGUUUGAAAACAGACUAUUUUACCAGUGCUGGUACUGUUUCUGUUUCAGUAGCUGCUUAAGAAAAGUCACUAGAUGACUAAAUAUAAUUGGAGAUGACUUAAGAAACCCUUCCAAGAUUUGUGGUGUUGUUUACUGCGUAGGGAGUGUUCGCGUGGUAUUUCAUUGCAGUUGGCACGGCAGUGGUAUUUGAGUUAUGAAUGACAUGAUUCACUUUAAAUGUUCCCUGGAUUUCAUAUUUAUAAACAUCAACGUCAAAUAAAAGGUUACCCUCGUGAGUGUAA